CUACCAAAUGUUCGGGGCGACGAGCAGCCGGCUCGCGAGCUCCGGUUCCGGUCAGAUACAGCUCUGGCAGUUUCUACUCGAGCUUCUGUCGGACUCGAGUAACGCCGCGUGCAUCACGUGGGAAGGAACCAACGGCGAAUUCAAGUUGACCGACCCCGACGAAGUGGCGAGACGAUGGGGCGAGAGGAAGUCCAAGCCUAAUAUGAAUUACGACAAACUGUCGAGGGCACUGAGGUACUACUACGACAAGAACAUCAUGACGAAGGUGCACGGCAAGAGGUACGCAUACAAGUUCGACUUCCAGGGGCUGGCGGCCGCGACGCAGCCGGCGGCGGCCGCCCCGGCAGCGUACAAGUACCAGAGCGAGCUGUUCAUGUCCGGCUACGGGCAUGCCAAGCUGAACCUCAUGCCGCCACCGGCAGCGUCGGUUUCGGUUUCUGUUCCCGGUGGCCUGUUUCAAUCGGCGUCGAGCUACUGGUCGACGAGCCCGGGCGCCAACUUGUAUGCCGGCCAUCACACGGCCUCCGGACACGUGCCACCACAUCUCGGCACCUAUCCGCAUUACGCAUGACCCGCCGCCGAGCACUGGGGUGCUGCCCUGGGCACGCCGCGUUGAAGGGUUUUUACCGGAAAGAAAA